AUGGCAUCUUCAUAUGCUGCUGCUAUGGCAGCUCUGAUUACCGCCAGCUCUUCGAAUCUGCGUAUCCAACCCAGCCCUUCACAGUCCCAUAAGUCGGGAAAGCGUCCUAAACAGCUUCCCCCGCCUGGCAAAGCUGCCAGCUGCUCCACAUCUGCACAGAAACACCCUCAGUCACUUGAGCCUGUUGGAUCCUAUGACGAGCAGCAGGAAAACCCUGAAGACUAUGACAUAGGUAAUUACCACUCCAACACCAAACUUCACGCACACAUUGAAGUCUUUUAUCUUUGAUCCAGGUUGUACAUUGUGUUACAGGUGGUUACUAUCAUGUUGAGAUUGGAGAGAUUUUUGUUGACCGUUACCAAGUGGUUAAAAAGUUGGGAUGGGGUCACUUCUCUACUGUAUGGCUUUGCUGGGAUAUGGUGUAAGUACAGUUUUUGUCCUUUGACUAUUCUACUGAUGCAAUAAUUUAAUACCACAAAAGAAGAUUAGGGCCACAAGAAGAGAAAAAAUGAUUACAAGGGGGAGAUUUUUAAAUUUUUCAUUUCGACAUAAGAGUUAAAAUUUCGAGACUAAAGUCGAAAUUUAAAAAAGUCAAAAUUUUGACUUUAUUCAUGUCAACAGUAAUCUUGAAAUUUUAACUUAAAUGUCAAAAUGCAUAUGUUUUGAUCGCAAAAAUUCAACAUUAUUCAUGACAUUUUGCAAUCUUGAAAUUUUGACAUGAAUCUCAACAUUUCGACUUAAAUGUCAAAAUGUAAAUGUUUUGAAUUUCAACAUUAUUCAUGACUUUUCGUAAUCUCAAAACUUUAAAAAAAUUUGGACUUCAUUGACAUAAUUUCGCUUUUUGUAAUGUUGAAAUUUUGACUUGAAUCUCCUUCCUGUAAUUUUUUUUUUCUUUAUGUGGCCCUUAUCCUCUUUUGUAUAAUACAGUGAUGAUACUAUAAACAUAAAAGUAGCUAACCAGCGUAAUUGUCUGCAUGCAGGGAGAGGCGUUUUGUGGCUCUGAAGGUGGUGAAGAGUGCUCAAACAUUCACAGAGACGGCUCUGGAUGAGAUCAAACUUCUAAAAUGUGUCAGUGUGGCCACAUUGCUUUUAAUCAGUUUGUAUACACAAUAAUCUUUGUAGUUUUUUACUACGUACAAAUAGUAUCUGAAUGGAGUGUCGACACUAAUUAUGGAAAAGUGACUGUUCACACAGUAGUAGUUGUAGAGCAGGAGGAGUCAAGAAUAAGUAAGAUGCUAACUGUGACAUAAAAAUCUCCAAUAAGAAGUGUAACCUAGGACUGUCGUAUAACAGAUGAUGACUAGAUAUUGCACUGGACCAACAUUUAGCAUGAUGUCUUGAAUCAUCCAGUUUAAAUCAUGGUUAUUGGUUUCUGCAGUGACUGUUUCAUAUUUUGGAUCCUUAAGUAAAUCCACUCUGUGAUCGGCAGGUACGGGACAGUGACCCCAAAGAUUCAAAGCGUGAGAGAGUUGUGCAUCUCAUUGAUGACUUCAGGAUCACCGGAGUCAAUGGAGAGCGUAUCCUUACGUUAUGUCUUGCUCUAUAUUUAGAAGAUGUAUCUGAGUACUUUUGUGUCCCUGAGAACCCCUAACAACUGGAACCCCUAACAGUUUGAUAUUUAAGUUAAAAUCAGGUCCUUAAUUGCUCACCAGAUGUCUGCAUGGUUUUGGAGGUGCUUGGCCACCAGCUGCUGAGGUGGAUCAUUAAAUCAAACUACACUGGCCUCCCCCUGCCUUGUGUAAAGAGCAUCCUCAGACAGGUGCCGUGCACUAUUAAACUGAACUAUCUUCCUCCUCUCUCGUUACUGACUUUUCCUUUCUGUUGAUCAAAUAAUGUAAUUUUGCUUUUCACCGACUGAAGGUACAGAGACAAUGACUGCUUUUACAUUUCCUAUCACAGGUCCUGCAGGGUUUAGAUUACUUGCAUGCUAAAUGCAAAAUCAUUCACACAGACAUCAAGCCAGAAAACAUCCUCCUGAGAGUGAACGAGGCUUACAUUAAAAAGAUGGCAGCGAACACAAAGCUGUGGCAGUUGCCAUCGCCCUCUGAUUUCUCUCGCUCUUCAGGUUAGUGUUGCUCCUUCAGCGUUUAUUGAACCAAAUCAAUCAAAUUUAAGUGUUUAAUGCUGUGGCUUCUUAAAACGUUUUUUUUUUUGUUUAAAUGUUGUGAAUCUUUCCUCGACAAUGUUUUCACUUCUUGUCAGUGACCAGAAGCUCCAGAGAAAAACAGGUUUGUGAAUAAGAUCUUUUUUCACCUUUUCUUUAUUAUUUCUAUCAUUUAACAAAGAUGUGUUCACCAUCAUUAAGAUGUGGGUUUGAAAUGGCACUUUUAUGGUUUCUUAAGAGUUUGCCCAAUCUGUUGGGGAAGCUGACCGGGGUUUUCCACAGCAUUGGUGAAUGGGUAAGAUGAAUACUGUGAUCUGUUACUCAUUAAUAUUGGCUCCAAAACACAGAGGUUAAGCAGUAGGAUGAUGUUGCUGGUAUACGGUUCUGGGUGGGCCCACAGCUUUAAAGAGCUCUGCUGACUGUGUUUGAUAAACUCAUCGAUGACGCACAUUUAGGGAGCGACUGGACACGUAAUUAUUCCAAUAAUUACAUAUCUGCUGUUCCUGUCUUACCAUCAUAGUUCAGCUCUUAAAAAAUGUAAUUCCUUUCAUUCACUGUAUUUCAAGAUGAAGAAUAAGACGUAUUUGUUCAAUUCCUAAAAGGAAAUUAUUUUUUUCUCACUCAUUUAUUGAAUAUGCCACGCACACUUACAACACACGCAAACAUGCAAAAAUGAGACCUCAAUGACUCAAAGGGGCUGCACACAAAUAACAAAAGAACAGUUUCUUAUUGUGACACUGCAUGGGCAUUUGGUGUAAAGAUUUCCGUUUUACUGUAAUUAAUAUGUUCACAAGAAGAAAUGCUACAAGGUCAAAGGAAGGUCAUACUUUUUUAAUUUACUGAAACUGAGUUAAAGGCAACCAUGUCAGACAGGCCAGGUCAAGUCACAUUUGUUCAUAAAUCUUUGACAACUUAAUGAAUAUUUUUCAGACAAAUUAUACUUACUUCUUAUUUCCCACUGUUCCUCAUGACUGGCUGCAUUUCUGCAGUCCAGUAAGAUGUCCAGCAGCCCGAUGAAGCGGCUGACGAGGAAAGAUAAGAGUCGACGUGGACAGAAGAGUGUAUCUGAGAGCCACCAAAAGGACAAACUUCAGGUGUCAUUCUCCGAAGAUGUUGCUUCCUCUAGCAACCAAAGUUCCAAGCGCCACUCAAAGCUCACAGGCUUCGCUAACCUGGUGUUAAGAAGGCAGAGUCUGCUGUUUGAAGACAGAGAGGACUGUGCUCCAUACAACCAGAGGGACUCCAUGUGCUCAUGGCCAGACCUCAACACAGACGCACCAGUCAGCGGUUCCAGGUCUAUGUUGUUGCAUCAGACUGUGGACAAAAAGCUACCUCCACCUUCACCAUCCUCUUCUCAUGGUCAGUUUUAUGACAUUUGUGUUUACAGUUUUGCAAAAAUCUCUCGUGUGUAACUAUGCUAACAUUUACAAAGCGUAUGCUGGUGUAUUGUGAUGUAGCAUGAGAACACAAAAGGAUGAUACAGAACUAUUUUCUCAAAGUUCCCUUUUAAUGUUGUGGUUUUUUUUAGGGGUUGGUGACUCAGACGUACUUUUGGACCUGCUAAAGCCCCAAAAUGCUGAUAAAAUUCUCAUCAAGAUUGCUGACCUGGGCAAUGCCUGCUGGGUGGUGAGUAAAAGUGAUAAAAACCUCCCAAAAUAGAAUUAAAUGUUUUUAUUUACAAAGUGGUCACACUUACUAGGCUUGAUGGUGAAUAUACAACUGUCAUAUAAUUGCAGUAAAAUAAAUUUAAUGCUGAUUAACCUACAGUAAGUGUGAUUUACUGUGACCUAGUGGUGGUGUGUCAUUUUAUUACAAGUUUUAUUAUGUUUAGCGAAAUAGAUAGUGAAUUGAUAUUCUAAUGAUAGUUGUUUUGGUGCAUAAUUUGUAUGAUUUUAUUCUGUUUAACAUUAAACCUAUGAGCUGCAGCACUCGCAACAUUGACAAAGACAAAUUGAGCGGCACCAGACUUGUUAGUGAACGACCACCUACUUCAUCAACAGUACAUAUAGGGUCCCAGCCACAGCGCUAGCCACCAAACAUCUUUUUAACUUUGUCUAAUUUAUUGAGCAAAGAGACUAAACACAACUUACCUACGCUCUUCCAGCAGCCGCUUGUUUGUAGCGAGACCUCAGGCCAGUCCAUUAUGGACUAAAGCAGGGUGACGCAGCUCAAGGAAGAACAUUUAUGAUCAUUUCUUUAUCAUUUCCUUGAAGUAAAAAUCACCAUAUUAAUCAUUUUACACUGCAGACACGGUAGUUCUUCUGCCUUAGCAUCUCGGUCUGAUUGGAUUCCCAUGAAGUAAUGAUCAUAAAUGUUCUUCCUUGAGCUGCGUCACCCCGCUGUAGUCCGUAAUGGACUGGCCUGAGGUCUCGCUACAAACAAGCGGCUGCUUGAAGAGAGUGGGUGAGUUGUAUUUAGCCUCUUUGCUAAAGAAAUCAGGCAAAGUGAAAAACAUGUUUGAUGGCUAGUGCUGUGGCUGGGACCCUAUAUGUACUGUUGAUGAAGUUAAGUGCUGUUCUGAACAUUAUUUGUGGCUAUAGAGUGGCUUUUUGGUUGAGGUUUGUGUGUGGCCUCUUAGACCACUGUGUAUUGCUAUGGUGUGGUCGUUACUAAAGUUGGUAUGACUAGAGAAGCAAGCGGUCGGCAACAUUCAUCUCUCGAGGGGGUUUCUAACUCGAUGUUACGGUGUUUGACCCUAAAUUAAUUUUACACCGGAAUAUCCCUUUAAUAUCAGCAUGCAUCAGUGUGCUUGCAGGUUGUAUUUCUUGUUUUGGGUUGAUUUUUUUUGUCAUUUACACGGUAAAGUAUUUUUCAGCGUAACACUUUCUGUCUAGUUUUGUUUGUGGUGAUAUACACAGGUUAGUGUAAUAAUAGAACCUCAUUUCUUUCUGGUCACCAGCACAAACACUUCACUGAGGAUAUUCAGACGUGUCAGUAUCGCUCUGUGGAGGUUCUGAUUGGUGCUGAUUACAACACGCCGGCUGAUAUCUGGAGCACUGCCUGUAUGGUGAGCAGAGACCCUACAGAAGUUUAUCUCCUAUUUCAAAAAUGUGUUUCUAAAGUUUUACAGCCUUUUGUUCCUUUACUCCAGGCUUUUGAGCUUGCCACGGGGGACUAUCUGUUUGACCCUCAAGCAGGAACGACGUUUUCUCGUGAGGAAGGUUUGUGUUGUCGUCUACAUCCCACAUUUUUGUCCUUGCUUUGACUUAAGCUGCUUAGAACUAAAUGGUGCCUGCUUGUCUCCUCUCAGAUCACAUUGCCCAAAUCAUCGAGCUGCUGGGACACCUCCCAUCUCACUUUGCUCUCUCAGGGAGGAAUUCCAAGAAGUAUUUCAACAAUAAAGGUAAGGUGUACUUUUUUACAAGCAUAAUGUUAAACUCAUCAUACUGCCAGACUCAGACACAGUUUGUAACACUCGAUAAGCUUUUAUAAAUGUAUGAGUGUAUACCUUUACGUCUUAUUCUGGUCAGGGCAACUGCGACACAUCUCAAAGCUGAAGCCAUGGAGCUUGUUUGAGGUUCUGCUGGAUAAGCACGAGUGGCCGCGUGAGGAAGCUCUUCAGUUCAGCUCGUUUCUCUUGACCAUGCUGGAGCUGCUGCCAGAGCAAAGAGCCACAGCUGCCCAGUGCCUCAAACACCCCUGGAUCAACUCUUAA